AUGGCUGAAACUGAGAAAGAACUAAAGGACCUAUCGAUGAAGGUAAAAGAGAGUGCAAAAGCUGGGGGAAUAGAUGGUGAAGAAGUGGAGGCAGUGACAGAUUUUAUUUUCCUGGGAUCCAAGAUCUCUUCAGAUGGUGACUAUAGUCAUGAAAUUAAAAGACGUUUGCGUCUGGGGAGGAAAGCUAUGGCAAGCUUGGACAAGCUGGUAAAAACUAAAGAUAUCACACUAUCAACAAAGAUCUGCAUAGUCAGAACUAUGGUAUUCCCAGUAGUAACAUACGGAUGUGAGAGCUGGACCAUAAAGAAGGCUGAGCGUCGUCAUUAUCAAUAUGAGAUAUGGCGCCGGUGUGACGAAACCGUAAGUGACGAUUUCCGCAAAUGGCAAAAAAGGAAAUGACGAAUCGGAACGAGCCGCAAUGCGUCACCAUGUUGAGAAGGACAAGAACAAUAUAUACAGACCAGAAGAUGCAAGCGGACAUAUUGGAGGAGGCAAAAAUACAAGAAAAAAAACGGAUGUAUUCCAUAUAUGGAAAAGAGGGAGGGAUUAUUGUUAAUACACCUGUAUUCGUUUUUUAAUUGUUUUCUAUAUAUAAAUGAUGAUUGAUGCAGUUGUAACUACACAUGCACCUGAGGAAGACCCAUUGCAUUGGGUCAAAACGCGUUGUGCUUUUUAUUGCUUUUUAUUUUGUAUAAAUAAAAGUAUUUAAUAUAUAUUCAUCUGGCUACCCGGUUCCUGAUCCAUUCUACAGAGGACUGCAAACACCUUAUGAGGAGACCGAGCACAGACAUAUCCACAUCUGAUGUAUUCCACCUUCAUAGUUUAGAGCAAACUUAGAAAUGCUCUAAAGAUUGUGAGUUUUCCUAAGUCUAUCAUUUUUUUACAUUUGGUGUCUUAAUGUACUACCCUAUGUUGGUUUUCUGUAUUUACAGAGCCUAGGGAUUACCUACAUAACCCUGGAGUUAAAUCAAAAUUGCGCAAUCACCUUUUCUCUCGUUUUGCUAUUUACACCCCUUGCAAACAUAUUUACUUAUCGAUAUAUAUGCGCACACUCAGCAUACACAAAAAUGAACAUACACACAGACACACACUCAAACAUAUACACACUUGUACAUACAUACACUCACACACCCACAUAUACAUUUUCACACAGAAAAUCAAACUUUCACUAAGUGAUGAUGCAUUCUCUCUCUCUACCACUGUUGCUCACUGCUGUCAUAAGGUUAAAAGGGAUAACAAUCUAAACUUCUGCCCAUGUUCUCUAGAAAUGGGACAGAAGAAGAUCUGUGCGCCAGGCUGCAAAACAUUCCCCCUCUCCAAGCAUAUCGAAAUAUAAAGAGGCAGCGAGUACCGGGUUAUAAUCUCACAUCCCAACACCCACUACCUGUCUAAAUUUACCGAAUGUAACAUUCUGUAUUGUAACAUUCUGCUGCAAAGGCUCAGUCUUUGCGUGGGAUCCAUAUCUAGUCCCAGUACUCCAUUAGAACACCCCGUGAGUGGAAACGUUUGUUGCCACUUACAUUUUAACCCUUUGAACCCUGGACGAUUGAGGAAUGAAAGUAAGAGAUGAUCAAUGAAGCAAAAUAUCAAAACAGUUAUGUUUAAACUGCACAGAGUAAAAAAGAAGCUAUAAUUCACAAAUAAUUCCCUACUGAUUUUAAUUUCCAACUAACUGGAAGCCUAAAACCACAAACACUUAUCAAUAACAGACAGACAUUGUUAGAGCUGUAUCAUUCUGCAACUGCUCAAACUUUCACAACUAAUGUUAUAUUCCAGUUUUUACAGCAAAAGUGUUCUUUGUUAGAUAAAAAAAAAAAUUAAAAGCUUGAGGUGAAGGAUAAAAAAGGAAAGAUAAAAAAGGAACGUGUUAAAACUGACAGCAGAUCACCUUGCACAAUAUGAAAGACAAGACAAGGAACUGACAGAAAGACAUGUCCAGAUGAACUCUCACCAUGGAUCCUGAUCAUUAGAUCUUAGUUUUUGGCAUCGCUGCGGCCAAAAGCUAAAAAGAACACAUACUACGCUCCCAGCAACACAGCAUUAAAGGAACACAGCUUGGUUUAUCAUUUUUAAAUUAGCAGGUAUGGUUCAAGUUUCUUAUCAAUCUAACAAGCUCUAGACUUUAGAAGGCCCACACUAACACCCAUAGUGAAAAAUAAAUAGGGGUUGCAUUGUGUGUGUGUAUAAGGCGCUCUAGUUAAAUUGAACGGUGGGCUUGCAGCGCUAGAUACAGAGCUGGUCUUUGUAUUCAUCAUUCAGAGGCUUGCAGUGUUGCGGCUCCCUGUGCCACCGCAUACAGUUUCCGACUGUAGUUACGGCAUCAUUUACAAACUAAAUAUAUUUGCAAUACACAAAUUAAUUUGCUAAUUGUUUAUAUACGAGUGUGGUGUAUGGUUGUGUAGCCUGUAUACAUAAUUGCAGGCGUGAAGGUGUAAUUGAAAACGAAAAUGAACGUUUGUCAAAUAAGCUUUUAUAAAAUCAUUAACCAAAUAAUAAAGUUACAGAUAAGAAAACAUUAAUAUUUGAAUCAUAUUUUCUAUUUAAAUAUUUUCAUGAAUGGUUGCAGGUGAGUGAGACAGCGUGAGAGAGGGAGAGUAUGACAGGAUUGGGGGGGGGUUAAUGAGAUAGGGUAAGUGUGGCAAAGCGAGGGAAUGUGAGUGUGUUAUGGUUGGAGGUAAUGAGACUGACAGGAGGGGUAAAGUAAGUGUGGCUGGCAGAAGGAGGUGACAGUGUGUGUGGGAGAGUAACAGUGUGUAGGAAGGGUGACAGUGUGUGGGGGGAGUGAAACUGUGUGCGUGGUGACAGUGUGGUGGGAUGGUGACAGUGUGGUGGGAUGGUGACAGUGUGAGGGGAUGACAGUGUGAGUGUGGAACUUUUCAUGAAAUCACCCCCUCUCCAUGGUUUCUUCACUCUUUGGAUACCAAUAAAAUUGAGACAUUUUGGGUCACCAUUGUGAUAUUGUGCAAAAUGGGCAGAUAUGCAAUGAUUAGGGAAUUUAUUUUUAAUAUUUCUAAUGUGCUCUCCUAUUCUGGUUUUUAAAUUUCUCGUGGUUCUGCCACAUAUUGCAGGCCACAGUCACAUGUCAGAAGAUAAAUUACAUUGUUAACAUUACCAGAAAUAAAAGAAUCAAUAUCAUAUUUCUUAUUAGUGACAUUUGACAUAAAAUAAUGUGUUUUGUUAUUUUUGACAGUAGUCUCUUUGCAGGCCUGACAGUGUCCAGUGCUGUCUUUGCCCUCACUGAUUAAUAGGAUUUUACCUGAUCCAAAAUGGCUGCCAUUAUGUAGGUAAAUAUGUCAGAGAGGAGGACUUCCGGUUUCUGCAGGCUUUUAAAGAUGGCGCAAAAAAGAACCAAAGGCAAACCAGCCUGUAGUCGAAAGAUACCGGUAACGAGCAUAAUGCAAGGUCGUAAAUUACGUGUUCUAAAGGGAGUGACACGUCAGAAAUGUUCGGCGCAGCAUACUGUUUUUAUAUGUAAGGAUUUUAUAUAUUUUUUCUGAAAUAAAUAUACAGAUUUUAUCUCCUGCUAUUUAUCUCCAUUAUAUAAAAUAACAUUGGGAAGAAAUACAUCCACGGAUAUUCCAAGAUCUCUACAACCUACUCAUGCCCUAUACUUGAGCCAGUCCUGUACAGGCUCAUAAAAAUGUGAGUAGGAUUAAAGACUAUUAUAGUAACUGUAUAGUUUUAAGUAUUGUACAGAUAAUAUUUCCCUAUGGGAGCUUUUCUUUGAUAGAAAUACCAUCUGGACUCAGUAUAUAACAUUUUUAUCUUGUAAAGAAGUGUUAUCACACAUACACAGGUUUUUUUAGUGCGCUUUCCACAUUUUUGCAUACAAAUUUAAAUUGUUCUGAUUUCUAUAUAUUUAAUUUAUUUUUCAGACCUCGAAAGGAAAUAUUUGAUAAUUAUAGAGAAUAAGCAGACAUAAUGUAAAAGUAUUGAGCAGUGGCAAUUUCCCUUUAAAAAAAACCCAAAAAACUUUUAAUAUUCUUUAGGGAGAGUUUAAUCUGAUAAUUGACUUAUCGAGGUCUGUUAGGAAUUUCUACACAUUUCACACACGUAUGAGCAGUGUGGUGUUUUGUUAAAAGUUCACUGACCACAUUAAAUGCAUUUAGAAGAAGAAGAAGAUAUGGAAGAUGAGUAUCUCUACUGGGAAUUAACACUGAAUAAAUCUUCGCUGUGGAAGAGGAGUCAAAAGGAUUUUCUCAUAUCCGGCUGCUCCAUUAAAUGAUUGACCAUUAACAGAUUCCGAAGGUCCUGCGUUAUUCAUAUCUAGAGAAAAUCAGAAUCUGCAGUAAAUAGCCUUACACAACACAUACGGAAUGUAGUGUGUAGAGCGAUACAAAUAUAAUUUCCUUCCCUCGCUUUAAAAAUUCCAUAUUGAAGAUACAACAGAAACUAUCUUUUGUUUAGUUGGGUCAGUAUUUACCGAGCAUUUUCAGCACUGAAUCUCCAAAUGUUGUCUAAGAGUUCCAGGUUGUUCUUUGUAUUCUCUGAAUAUCUGAAUUCUCUCCGUGAAAAUCUGGGACACAUUUACAUGCCAAACCCGCCAGGUGAAUAUUAAAUAGAAACAGUAAGGUAAAAAAACUUUGAGCCUCAAAAACGUAAAGAUCGUCCUAAAGAUGUCUACUUGGGAGCUAUCUGUCAAACUUGAAAAAAAUGGGAACCGGGGCAGCAAACUCCAAAAUGUCACAAGCAUAAGACUCUGAGCAUAAAUGAAAAACCAUAAAGGUAAUGGGAACACAAAGUUCCCACUUACACGGGUGGAAGACAGGUCGUCAGGCGUAGGAACUCCAAAUCCAGUAAUAAAACAACAACAAAAAAUUUAAAUAAUGCCACUACAAGCACUCAAUGUCCACAGGAGGUUUAAUCAGCAGAAAACAACAAGUAACAAACAGAAGGAAAGGUCAACCUAAACACCUAAUGCGCUUCAGACCUUCAGGUCCGAAGACAUAGGACAAAUUUACCCCAGAUGUUUACAGCUGUCCCUUAAUGAUGGUAAAAAUAUGACUUUAUGGCUUUAUAGUGGGAAAGUCUACAAUAAGUUAUGUUUUAAUUUGUGACAAUCUGUCCUCCUCCUCCUCCUUUGUUUAAAACAUGCAUUUAAAGAAGACAAUAAGGUAAUGAAUAACGAGGAGUACAUUUUUGGUUUUGUCUGCCUGUGAUUCACGUAAAUGGAUGGGUUGCUUGGAAAGGCUACUACAUUUUUAGACAGAAAGGCAAGCCUCCGUAACACCAGCCAGCAGUUAUAUUAAUCACAUUGAGCUAGUGACAACGGAAAUUGCAUCUCUGAUCUUCUAAUUUGCAAGACAAACUUCCUUGCAAAUACUUUCUAAAUGCAUAUCUACGCAAGCAAUCUUGUUCAUUUUAGUUUUUAUUUUAUAUCGGAAAAAAUAAAUAUAUAUUGGUCAACGCAAACAGUACUUCGAUAGAAGCUUCAAACUAUGAAAGGGUUUUAAUUUGAUGUUUUUUUCUUGUGUUUAAGAUGUGAAUCAUGCAGCUGUUAACACGUGUUAUUUUAAGAGUCCAGUGCUGUCAUCUUCUGAGCAUUGCGACUGGCCUUUACCUAAUAGAUUAAUAGCAUUUUCUCACUUGCACACAAUCAGCUUGUGUCAAGUUCCAGCACUAACGUAUACACAAAGCCUAAAAUAUGUCCACAGAUCUGCCGUCUGCGACACCUUUAUCACACAGUCGGUGGAGUUUAAUCAUUUCCUUCAAAGUUAGCCUUACUGUAGGAAAAAACACCCAAAAACUUUGUAAUGUUCUUUUCCGAAAAUAAGAGGAAGAUUUAAAGUAUAUCAUAAAUACGCAGUACACACCAUCCACAGCAAAUAAAUAUAAGGAAAAGCAAACCUGGACAAUCUAAGUACCGGCAACGCAAGGUCAAAAACAUGCCUUAAUGCUGCUUAUAUAUAAUAUAGUGGAAUGAUGUGAACAAAAAUAUAUGAUAGCUUAUCCAGAAAUGUCUGCAAAUCACAAUGCUCCUGUUCUAGUGUCUAUUUACAAAGAAUGUGGAACUGACGCACAGAGUGCGGAGAUUUGUCUUCAGAUUUCCCAUGUAUGGCCGAUAUUAGUAGGUUAAUAAUAAGAUGUUUAUCGGAUUCUGGUUUCUUUUUGCAAAAUUAGGUCACUUGUCAAUUCAGCAUAACCAUGUACAUGGUGACAGUUUACUAAGUUCUGAAAUGCAAUUUUAUAGAAUAUAUAUAUAAAAUAAGACGCAGCUGAGGUGGUUGAUGCAUCAUGUUUAUAUAAACUAAGUGAUUGUGUGUAUGAACGAAUAACCGAAUGUAUCAUUCAUUAGAUUAUUGCAUCUGCUGCUUGCAUUUUAAGAUCUUCAUUGAUGUUAAUUAUAAUAGUCUGGCACAGGGGUUAGAACCUUCGGCACUCCAGAUGUUGUGGACUUCAUCUCCCAUAAUGCGCUUACAGCCUUAAUGCUGGCAAAGCAUCAUGGGACAUGUAGUCAUCAACAUCGGGAGUGGCAAAGGUUUACCUACUCUAGAGCCUUAUUUGCGGAUGAUUUCAAAAAAACUACAAGCAAUUGCGCAUUUUGAAAAGUUUAAAUCUUUUAAUUUUUAUUAAUGGAUUUUCAUUCAUACUCCACUUAAUUCGGUAAUUAAAGGGACACUCUGUAUCCUUAACACACUUCAGCUUGCUAAAAUGAUUCAUGCUAGAAAUUGAUUCUUUCAUAAAUUAACAUUUUUAACCCCCUCACUCCCCUUCCACCAUCCUCACACACACAGCGGCUGUCAAGCAGAAAAUCUGUCCUGUUACUUCCUGGUGUGUUUAGUUCAGUGGAGCUAAACUCAAGAGGCAGCAAUUGCUCAGAGCACCUACCUUGCAAAGACUUCUCAUUGAGCUGCAUUGGGAAGUAUGUGAUUGGACAGCAACAGAAAGUCUGGGCUGAGAAAGAAUGGGAGCAAGUUGUAGCAACUGCUUCCAAAUACCACUCGGUUAUCUAGAAUAUAGUGAACUGCAUGAGAACAAAGUUGCAAUUAUAAAAUUAAAGUUUACUUUUUUGACCUGCAUUGUGUCUACAAAUAAGCCUACUUAUUGCUCUCUCUGCUGUUUUUUUCCACUUGCUCUCUCUCUAUUAAUCGUUCAGAUAAUGUUUCUUGCUAACUAAUCCAACGAGUCCAAGAUGUUCGCUGUCUCGUUGAGCAAAUUGAGUUACGUUAUUUGCAAGUUUCAUUAUUUGACAUGAAAUCAGGCUUGCUCAGAGACUUAAAUCUAAUAUUGAGUGAAAUGAUUCAUAUUAUUUCUUUGUCUGUUCAGAAAUUUAUCUGGCAGGAAUAUGAUGCCAUACUGAAUCCCAUCUGGUUAUCACAAUCUUGUCACAUCAUGUUGAAAAUGUUUCUCAAACAAGCACAGGGACCACAUCUGGGAAUGCCCUAUCCCAUGUGUGAGGGUCACACGAAGGCCAUCUCAAUCGCAGGGCAAGUCACAGAGGAGGUUAUCAGAGGGUACUUUUUAGAAGUUAACGAGAUCCGAGGCUCGGGGAAAGACAGCUAA